AUGGUGCGCAAGGUGGUGCGCGGGCGCGUCGAGCCGCUCGCCGUCGUCGUCUCCCCGCAGCAGGCGGCGGCGGCGGCGGCGCGCAUAUCGCGGUCGCUGGAGGAGGAGCGCGGCAACGCGGACCGCCUGAGGCGAUUCAAGCAGGAGAACGCGGAGCUCUGCACGCUCGUGCGCUCGCUACCCGACAAAACAAGCCAUCCAGUCAUGGUGCCAUUUGGACGGGCCGCCUUCUUCCCUGGUCGCCUCGUACACACCAACGAGUUGACUCUCCUGCUGGGCGACGGGCUGUACGCUGAGAGGUCCGCCUCCCAGGCGCUGGGGGUGCUAAGACGACGUGGCGCGAUGAUAGAGCGCCAGCUGGAGGGGUGCCAGGCGAAGGUAGAAGACCUACGUGGCGAGCUGCAAUUCGCGGAGCAGGCUGGGGUAGAUGCAGAGGAGGGGUGUGUGGAGAUACACGAGUAUGAGGAGGAGGUGGAGGGGGGCGAGGAGGAGGAGGGAGGACAGACUCAGGGAGUGUUGAAAGCAGAUGAAGGAGCACGACGAGGAGAGGAUAACGUAGGAGGUAGUUCAAAGGGAAGGGCAGCAGCGGGGGUUGUGAGCAACGUGGUUGGAGUGUCUAGAGAAGCGGAUGGUGGGAAUGGUGGUGGGGAGGAGGAGGAGCGGCGCAUUGAAGCUCUGUUUGCCGAGAUGGAAGCGGCAGAGGCGGCGGCUGCUGCUGCUGCUGGGGAUGAUGAUGAUGAGGAGGAGGAGGAAAGUGAAGAGGAAGGAGAGGAGGAAGACGAGGACGAGGAGGAUGGGGAUGAGAAAGGUUGGGAGGAGGAGGGAGAGGAAGACGAGGAAGAUUGGGAGGAAGAAGAGGAAGAGGAGGAUGGGGAUGAAGAGAGGGGGGAACACGAGAGAAGGGCAGAAGCACAGAGCGAGCAGGAGCUAGUGGAGGGCAUGUUAGCAGUGGGAAUAGAUGCAGGGGGGGAGCAGCAGGGGCAGGCAGUGGUGGGAAUAAGAGGGGCAGCAGGGCAGGGAACCCCCUCACAGAAGCUGGAGGACAUGUCAGCAAUGAGGAUAGGUGCAGUGGGACGGCAGCAGGGGCAGGCGGUGGAGGGAGCUAAUGUAGCAGCAUAUCAGGGAGUUUCCCCCUCACAGGCGAAGCAGAGGGAGGUGGGCCCAUCAGCCAGUCAGCUCAAGGCGUUUUCAGGAGCUGUUGUGGAGCGAACGUCCGACCCCUCUUCCCCUCCUCCACUCCCUGUUGUGCCACCGGCACCAGCACCAGCAAGGCCUCUGUCACGAUUCAAGCAGCGCCGGGCAGGUCAACCGUGA